UCGCUCCACGAUCAGUUGUUCGCCGCGCGCGCGCCAAGCUGUCACGUUGCCGGCGCUCCGUCGUUCGUUCCUCAAGUUCGUGUCGAUGUGCGUGCAGGAUCCUAUCACCGGGUUGACGAGGAAUCGAUCACACCUCUACGUAGAACAGUGAUAACGCUCCACGCGCGAGAGAGGUUGUCUCCGUUGAAUACCGGUGCAUCGACUGUCAGAGGCGUGUCGAGUCUCGUGAAAGUUUGUUUGCGACAAUUGUUUGUGAUAAUUUGCGAGCAAAAUUCGAUUUUUUUUUUUUGAAGGAUUAAAUUUCCACGGAGUGGAAAUAACAUUUGCCAAAUGAAAAAAAAUAGUUCGUUCACCGGCUCGCUUUUCCUGCCGUUGAUUUUGUAGUAAUCAGCCGACGCGUUCCAGAAAUUCGGAGAGUGACACGGUAUUCGAAAGUGGCGAUGGUGAAACGUAUUGCGGCGUAUUAUUGCCACUGAUAUUACUUAUCUACGCGUCGUGAUAAACUUGUGGACGCAUUUAAUCGGCAUUAAUCGUGCGCCUUCGAGAACGCGCACACCAUUGGAAUGAGACAAAUCGACGUAUCUCGAGAGCAGUAACAGGUGAUACGAUUAAUUCCGAUCGUGAUUGGCAGACGCGUUUCUCUCCACUCGUCGCUCUUCUUCUUUUGCCGCCGAAGAAAGCCAAGUAACGCAAGACAAACGUUUGCGAAAUGAUGACAAAUCGGAGCAACCAAGUCGUUGAUCCGACUGAGUGCCCGGAAAUUAUUGCUGAUCGUCAAUGAGCCCGAGUCUUCGACCGAGCGGUCGAUUGGCAUCCGUCGGUGAACUCGUUGAUGAACUCGUUGGUAAAAUUGUCUGCGAAUGGCUCGCAAACAUCGCGCGACGAGUGUUGCUCCCGGCGAUAAUAGCUCGCGAAUCGGAGCUCGCGUCCUCGGCGCGACGAGAACGCGCGAGGUCACGUUCGCGCGCCGAUCAUUAAAUUAAAAAAAUACCAGGCGACGUCCGACAAGGAGGACGGCCGAGUGCGAACGAGCGGACGAUAACGAAGCGGCACGCAGAAGGAGCAUCGUCAGUGGAAAGGAGGUCCCGGCCGGCGCCUUCUUCAUCUCUCUUGCGACGACGCGCCAAGCUUGUCGGCCAAUAAAACGACGACGAUUGUCGGCAGCUGGCUUCUUCAACAAGAUUCCGCGCGAGUUUCGGCUUUCGUUCCGGAGUCGGAACGGCGAAGCUAGCAGCAAAGUCUAGUGUUGGUUCCGCGAUUGCAGGAGAACCGGAAAACGAGAAAGGAAAACGAGCGGAAGAGCUCUCGUUCGACCGGAUACGCGCGAGAGCGACAUCGAUAUGACGAGCGACGCGAAUUGACUCUCCGAGAGUGAGAGGAAGAGCGAAAUCAUGAUGAUGAUGCCACCGCCGCAAGUCGUGGGUGUCCUGCUGAAGAAACCGGGACAGCAGACGCACCCACGAUUGCCGCCCUUGGAUCCGCAGGAGACCAAAAUUAAAGGCGAACUGUACGUGGAAGAUCUGGGCGAAAGGAGAACGGUUUCCAUCAGGAUGGUGCUCUGGGUCGAAGGCACUCCGAUGCGGCUACCAUUGAGAGCAUUAAAUCUCCGUCAAGCACCACCCAGCCUCUGCCAACCGCACACGCUCGCUCUAGGCUUCACGCUGAGCAAUUCGCAGAGUCGUUCGCUCGCCACCUUUUGGGCGGACACGGAACCGAUCUACUGGUCCUGGGUCAGAGCGAUCGCGGCCGAACUGGUCCGGCAAACGCCGUUCCGCGCUCAACGAUGCUUGAACUUCCUGGAGAUACUGACCAUUUGUCCGAGAGGCCCGGUUCCGCUGCCGGACAGCCCGACGGAAACGAGGCGACGGUCCCGCAGCGAAUUACGCUGCUGGCCGAGCGAUUCGCCGACGGAGAAGACGUCGAUGAACGUGACGACGAUACUGGACGAGUCCAGAAGAAGAGCGCGAAGCGAGUUACGCGGCUGGUCCAGCAGCAAUUCGAGCGACGAGGACCUCCUGGGGGAAUUCCGAAGCGUACCCGCCCUAAUAAGGACGAAGGACCAACCGGUCAGCAGAGCGUGGGGUUGCAGCGAGAGCAGCGAGGGUAGCGACGACAGUCUUCCUUGGGGCGGCGUGUGCCGGUCCAGCGUGGACUGCGUGGACGCCGGCAGCGUGCCCAUUCCGGAACCGGAAACGAGAGAGCAGAGGAUACAGAGGUACAAGGAGGCGCGCAGACGCGAGAACGAGGCGAGGAGUCGGCGCGUCCUCGAGGAGGACGCGCGCCGGCGGAGAGCGAAGGCCGAGGAGAACAACAACAAUCUGCCGAGAGUGUACGGUCGAACGAGGAACAGGAUCUACGCCGACAACGACGACGUGCACGCGACGCGUUCGCCCAAGAAGGAACUCUUUACGACGACUGACGUGUCCGUGCGAAAUGGAAACGCGAUCAUCGACCGACUGCCGCCGAUCAAACCGAGCGAGCCGUCCGCGGUGAGGUUCACCGACGAGAAUCAUCAUCGGAACGAGGACGACAAGCGAAACAACAACAGCCCGAAGAACGGCGGCCCCGGCAUACUCAGAUCAGACAUCAGCGAGAGGCGAAGCAGAGCCAGAGAGAGGCGGAUCUUUCGCGACAAGGGGCAGCCGCAAGCUCAACAGCUGAUCGGCAUCACCGUCGCCAACGUGGAGACUCUCCGGGAGCGCAAGGAGCGCCUGGCUCUUCUGUCCUCCAGGAUUCCCGUUGCUCGUCAGUCGUCGCAGCCGUGCUCGAGAUCCGCGGACUGUCCGGCGAUCGUCUUGCUCAAGUCACCGGGCUCGCCAUCGGCAUCCUCGAUGCACCCGCCUUGCGAGGAGGACGUCGCCAAGCUCCUGGAGCGGUGCCAGAGGGUCGAUCACUACGUGCCGGUGCGGGAGAAGCUUACUCUAUUCGAGUCCCUGUCGAGGCUGGGCGGCCGCUUGGCCAGGAGCACGGAGGACCUCGGCCGAACGUCCUCCAAGCCGAGUCCGCGGGGCAAGCAACGCGCCAGAUCCCUCCACGAUCUUAAUCGAGGAGCAAGAGCCGUGCCAGUGAGGGAGAUGUGCCGGUUCUUCGAAGGCGACCCGGAGCAGGACGCUAACCAGAAGACGAUGGUCCUCAGCAAAACGAGAUUCAGCGAUCCGCCGACGAAGAGCGCGUGGAAGGAUACGAAUUCGAGGCACGAGGCGCCCUGCAUCACCGCUUCCGCGAGGAAGAGACAUUAUCUGAAGUAAUCGCGCAGUCGCGCGACAGUAAGACAGUUCUUCCAGAAUUUUUGAAAGCAUUUACAAGCAGAGAGUUUACGAUCGUCCAUUUUCUCGUUGGAAGUAAAAUAGCGAACUGGAUGAUGAAAUCGUUGUCUGACUGUCGCUUUUGUAUUUUCUUCCCCCCCUCGCGUAAUAUAUAUAUAUAUAAAUUUUCGUAAAACAUGUAAACUUUUGCAAUCAGUGUUUCGUAAUGUAAAUCGCAAAAUAUUUUCCAAAGGAACAAAUUAUGAUAGCUUUGCUAAACGCUUUUGCAGGGAUUUGAAAAGAAAAAAAUCCAAAAAGCCUUAUUGUCGAAAGAGCCUGACUGAAAAACUCCUUUCGUAGCACACAGUUGAUAGAUCGAUGUGAAUGAAAAUUAAGCCCUGGAAUCCUCAAGGUGAGUGAUUUACUCGAGGAGUUCGUGAGAGUUCCUCAGUCACGAUGACAACUAAGUUUCUCAAUAGCGCUCGCGGAUUCCCCGUGCGCGAAGCUAACUCGAUUGAACCGCUCUUAUCAAGCCGUUCAGAUUGCAAUCGGCUCUGUCAAUCGUGUCACGGGCGACGAUUGUCACACUUGCGCCGAGGAGAAAGUCGCCGCGCGCGCACGCGAGAGCUUUUUAUCACGCUCGAGGCCCCGAACUGUGUACCCGAUUCUCUCGAUUGCCGGUUGUCGCGAUCGGCCGUCAAAGCCGAAGGAAGGAAAAAGGCGUCGAUGCUCGCGAUCGUGCUGGCGUCUUACGAAAGCGAGCACGGAGGAAACCCGGCGAACACGAUCGCCGUACAAGUUUCCCACCUCGGAUUUAGGUUUCACCUCUGCUCGUUACGCGAAUGUCGUUUCGCAUCGCGUACAAUCGCGCGUCUGCUCGUAUUUCAAAAUACAAAUACAAAGUGUAACGCCUAUCGCGUACGAUACUGUGUAUCAGCGAGAUCGAGCGUGGUCGAUCGUGACACGAAGAGAACGAGGGAAAAAGAGAGAAAACGAGAGAGAGAGAAAGAAAGAGAGCGGAAGAGAGAAGGGAGGGGGGAAUCGGAGAAACCGGUAAUUUACGUUCACCGAGCGAUUGCCGCAACGUUGAACACCUGUAUGUAUACAAACUGUACGUGAGCCGAUCGUCGAGCUCGCAUUUUUCGAUUAGCCUGAAUUCGAUCGCCCGGAUUUUAAUCAGGCGGCGGCCCGGUCGUUAAAUAUCCAAAGAGUUGAACGAUAAAUAUCGCCAAUAGUUGCACUUCCAAUUAUAAUAAUUACGAGUGAAAUUUGUACAUAAUCGAUCAAUCUCAUUUUGUACCUGAAACGUUGGUUCUACGUUAUUUUUUUUUUUUUAGUUUACAUUAUAGUUUAAUCUCUGUUACAUGCGUCUGUAAAUAAGUAUCUAAUUAGCGAUUUAUAUGGUUUAUGUUUAUUUAUGUACGAGAUAUAAUAUUCUCGUUGAGUGCGUGAUGUGUAUUAUUUGCCAUGAGAGAGCGGCAAUCGUUCUCCGCUGGACCUCUCGAGGGCCAGAACGUGGGCCAGGAGCGACUUCCGCUUAUUUCGAAUUGAAACGAUAAUUUCCGCUCGUACGAUGUUCCCCUCAUUCUCUCGUUCCAUCUCGCAAUGGACAACGGAAAUCGCGAAAUUGAAGUGCAUUCUAAUUCCCUAUAAAAUGAGGAAACAAACCAACGUCUGACUGUUUUUAGAGAAGUCGAGAAUACAAAAAGAAAAAAAGAAAAAUAAAAAUAAUUAUUUAAUAAAAGAUACUUGUUGAGAAAUAGAUUAUGAGUCUAAGUUUUAUAUUUUGAAGGAAUUGUAAUAGUUAUUUAUUAAAAAGGUCGAAAUUGUUUGCGCGGAAACUUGGCCGAGAGAUUAUUUUGUACAGUUGAUUGAGUCUUCGUCGAGACACUUCGCGCUCGAAGAGAAUUGCCACUUAUUUUUGUAUCUCGUUCAUUGUAUAGUGUAUGAUCUGCGUUAUCUUCUUGCGUUAUAUAUGUAUAGAAUUGUGAGCGUUAAUGUUACAGAAUAAGAAGGAUUAUAUUGUAAAAAUGUGUCGCGGAAGAUAAUUAUUUCGAGACAGAGCGAUCGAGAAUCAACAAUAUCUCUUCGUUAAUUAUUCGCGCGCUGACUGUUUCCAUGGAAAGUAUUCUGGAGUUUUUAUGUAGAUGUAAAUUUUGUUUCGCUCAGAGCUGUCAAACGAUGAAUAAUCGAUUCUUCCUUAUGCCGUCAAUGAUCUAACAAAGCAUUGACGAUUUCGUGAUUCAGAAUCAAUUAUGUAUCGCUGUUGCAUAUCAACAUAUGUAAUUGAAAGAGAAUUUCCAGAAUACUAUCGGGAUCCGAUCGCGAAGUCGCUUGCAGUCGACGACCGUCUACAGGGUGAUUCAAAUGACACCGCUGUCGCAGUAAAAACAAGCGGUAUCAUUUAUCGAUGCCACCCGGUAUGAAGGGUUGGUCGCCAAAGAGGUCUUCUAGUCCCUCGUCGGAUAAUUCCGAAAGGUUAUCCCCCAUGUGUAACUACCCCUCGAUGUACUCCGAUAUUUACCCUCCCUACGAAUAUUUUGUCAAAAACGGCACGGAUCGCGUGCCGUCCGCGGCGCAGUUCCGCGACGAAAGCCGCGCGUCUUUGUAUUUACCUUUUGUUGUAAUAAAAAGGGACGAAUAAUGGCCGUUACAUAAAA